AUGAGUGUUGCCCUUGAAGAUGACAGUGGUGCUUCACCAUCGCUCGAAAAAACCACGGAUCUUGAAGGCCGGACUGUGUAUCAGGACAUGAAUCAAGAAUACAUCAGUGCCGACGCAGAUUUGACCAGGGACUUGCCAGAAGAUACCGAAGCCGUUGAAUUGGUACAUUUGCGAAUCCAAUCGAUAGAGGAUCUCGAACUGCAUCGGUUUCAACACUUAAAAACGCUGUGUUUGAGACAAAACCUGAUUGAAAGUAUGAGUGAGGUCGAAGUGCUUCCUGCAGCUACCAUGGAGGAGAUCGACUUGUAUGACAACAAAAUCAAACACAUUUCCAGCAGUGUAAACCGACUCACAGAACUCAAGAGUCUGGACUUGUCUUUCAACAAGAUCAAGCACAUCAAAAACGUCGACCAGCUCACAAAGCUCGAACAUCUGUAUUUCGUGCAGAACAAGAUCUCCACGAUCGAAAACUUGAGCACACUCAAAGCAUUGAAAAAUCUAGAAUUGGGUGGUAAUCAGAUUUCCCGCAUCGAGCCCGAAUCCUUCCUGGGACUCGAAAAUCUGCAGCAGCUAUGGCUGGGUAAAAACAGCAUCCCACGCUUGAUGCACCUGGAUCAUCUGCGUAACUUGCGCAUCUUGUCCAUCCAGUCUAACAAGCUCACCAAAAUUGAGGGUCUCGAGCAGCUGCCCAAUCUGGAAGAACUGUAUUUGUCGCACAAUUUCAUUUCAAAAAUAGAGGGCCUCGAACACAAUCCUCGGCUGAACACUUUAGACAUCACAUCUAAUAAGAUCACCAAAAUCGAAAAUUUGAGUCAUCUCACCAAACUCACCGAUCUAUGGCUGUCGUUUAACCAGAUCGACCAGACCAUUGAAUCCGUCGGCGACGAAUUGCGAGACUUGCCGGAGUUUGAGACCAUUUAUCUCGAGGGAAAUCCAAUUGAGAAAAACUCUGGAACCGUUUACAGACGUAAACUUGUUCUCAACUUGGGACCUAGUCUGCAAAAGAUUGAUGCCACGUAUAUUCGCGGAUGA